AAAAAAGGAUAUGUAAAAUAUGCACGGGUAAUUCAUAUGUUUGGCGUUUUAUUGAGUAUACAAAACGUUAAAUUUCUUUCAGUGUACUGUCAAUUUUUUCCUUUUUCCGCAAAUCAAACGGAGUAAUAGUGCGCGGUUAUUAUGCAAGUAAAAACUAAAUGAAAAAAUUAAAGGUAUCUUAAUUUUAUUCCAAAAAGUGUAAGCUAUUUAAGUUAUUAAGUGACAUGUAUCGUUUGUUGGCAAUAAAUCGUAUAACAGCACAAAAUGUAAAAUUACUAAGACUCGGCGUGCACCGCAGUAGCACUAAUAGCGUCUACAGUGUACCAGUAAAUUGGCAAACUGUUGGAAGUACAAACUCUAUUAAUAAUCAACUAUUACAAGUCUCUGUGCUGCAUAACGCAAAUGUUAUACCCGCGACAUCCACGGAGUUGACGUCAUGCUGUUGCAAUGUGACUCGAACGCAUUCUACAAUGUCUACCAAACCAGAAGCGGUGCCGAAAAAGCGAAAGCCGCGUAGACCACGAUAUGCUCACUAUGUUGAACUAUUGGAAGUAACAAACCUGUCAGCAAGUGAACGUAGAAAUAAAGUGAAACGUUUAAGAGCCAAAAAAUUGCAGGAUUUCAUUGCACAUCAACAUAUGGUAAAAUCAGGUUUAGUCAAGAAACAGGAGUUGAAGGCAAAAAUAAAUACAAUACCAGCAACACUUGCUCAGCAGCCUUGCGAUUAUUCAAAAAUUAAUCUGGAGGCUUUGGAUAGCUCCAUAUUGCAAGCUGGUACAUAUGAUGAUAAACCAUUAAUAUUCUUUGGCAAAGAUAAACACACUGAACGAAUUUUAAACAAUCCCAAAGAGAUACAAAAUAUUUUGAAAAGUUUUAAUAACUUCCGCGAUAUUAUCGAAACAAUGGAAUAUGAAAAUCGUGAACUUGACGCUGCUAUGGAUUCAUAUACAAAUCCUGCAGAAGCUAAAUUGGAAGAAUCUGAAUUUGCUGAUCGUAUUGAAACAUUGGAACCUUAUGUGGCGCCAGAUGGAGUUAAAAAGAAACGCAAAACGAAACCAAAGGAAACAACAGCUACUGCUAAAGCUAGAAUGAGGUAUAAAUCCAAAGUUCAAUCAAAUCAAGAGCAAGAGCGUUUGGCAAAGGAGUAUGCCAUACGCUUUAAUAUCACUGCAUAUUUACAUGUUUGUGUGUCGUCAGGUAUGUUGAAUGCCGCAUUAUCCACGAUAGUAUUGUAUAGACAACGAGCUAAAAGAACAAAUCCCAACAGUACAUUAAUAACAAUUGAUAUGUAUAAUACAUUACUGCACGGCUAUGCUGAAAAGGGUGCAUUUGAUAGUUUUCAACAAAUAUUCAACCUUCUAAAGGAAGACAACUUAUCAUUUAAUGAACAAACCUUUGCAGCUAUAUUUGAAUGUUUAGGUCGUUUGGAACCAACUGAAGAUAACGUUAAUAAAAUUAAUCAUUACAUUAACAAAGCAUCAGAUAUGAAUUUCACUCUGGAUCAAAUAAUGAAUCAGUCAAAAUUCAUUGCUGAUCAACGCGAUAUGGUGUUAGAUGCUUUAAGACAAGUUAAGCCCGAUUUUGAACCUAAAUAUGUUACACCUGAAUAUCGUUAUGACAAUUCCUUAUUGAACACUUUAAAUGAGUAUGUUAAUUCAAACAACGAACAGGGCUAUGAAAUUAUGAAGAGCAAGAGCGGUUAUACUAAAGAGCAAUUAGAGCAGAUGGCACGUUCACAGUUGAAAAUAGAAUUGGAUGGUAAAAUAACCAUUACGUCAAUUGAAAAAAGUAAACAAUAUGCCAAUGCUGAAUUCUGCCGUGAAAAACUUAAGGAAUUGGAAAAGUCGUGGCGUACACAAAUUGCAGCAGCUAUUGUACGAGAUUUAAAUACUUUAAGGGCGCAAAUUCGCUUUAAAUCAAACGGUUACAUGAACUUUUAUACUUAUUUGCGUGCGCUUGAUCCUGCACACUAUGUUGAUAUAUUACUUGAUGAAAUUUAUAAACUCGCUGAAGGCUCUGAAACAUAUAGUCCAACUGUUGGGCAGCUUUAUAAGGAAUUGGGACAAAAAGUGCAACAAAGAUAUCAAAUAGAGCAAAAAAAGAAAAAUGGUAUCUUGGAAAAAGUUGGAGAUCUUUAUGGUGCAUACUGUGACAUAUGGGAAAGCGGUGAAACUAAUGAAAACACAAGACAAAUUUGGCAACGUUUGGUACACGAACAUCGUAGUAGUGGCCCUAGCAUGGAUGUGAAAGAAAUGCAAUGGUCCAUAAAUGUGCUUACUGGUGUGGGAAGAUUUUUAUACAACAUACUAAUGCGUGAUCUUAAAAUUGAUUCACAAAUAAUGCGGCAACAAUCCAGAACGAAACAUAACAAUUAUCUUCCAGCAUUUUAUACCCUUUUCAGAAAUCAAGGAAGACUGGUGAAGGAAGAAGUGAAACCACAUCCUGUGCUAGCCAAAUUAUUACGUACCUCAAGACAACAAACCCUAACAUUUGAUUCAAAUAUAGUGCCUAUGCUAUGCCCACCUCAACCCUGGAGUACACCUUAUAACGGUGGUUAUUUACUAAAUAAGUCUGAUUUGAUACGCUUACCCUCACAGGCUGUUCAACAAUGGGAGCGUAUUGAUAACUUAAAUCCCCAACACAUGUACCCGUCUUUAGAUUCUUUAAAUCAACUUGCUAGCAUACCAUGGCGUGUCAAUACAGAUAUCCUUGAUGUAAUCAUAAAGGUUUUUCAAGAUGGUGGUGAUGAUAAACUGAAUGUGCCACGACCUUCAAGUGCUCUUCAACCACCACUAAUGCCACAAAAGGAAAUUGAUAUGUCUAUCGCUGAUCGUGCAAAGCUGUUUAAAGAAAAAUUAAUGUAUCGACGUAAACAAGCAGAAAUGUUUAGUUUGUGGUGCGAUACUCUUUACAGACUCUCACUGGCAAAUCAUUACCGAAAUAAAGUGUUUUGGCUUCCACACAAUAUGGACUUUCGUGGUCGUGUUUAUCCAAUACCACCACAUCUUAAUCACUUGGGUUCCGAUUUGGCACGGUCGAUGCUUGUGUUUGAUCAACCUAAGCCGUUGGGUACCGAUGGCUUUGUGUGGCUUAAAUUGCACUGCAUUAACCUGACUGGAUUGAAGAAAAGAGAUUCUGUGCAUUCGCGUUUGCUUUAUGCUGAAAAAAUUAUGGAUCAAAUUUUGGACUCAGCUGAUAAUCCACUGACUGGUGAAAUGUGGUGGGCAAAUUCUGAUGAACCAUGGCAGACAUUAGCGUGUUGUAUGGAAAUUGCAAAAGUUUACCGUUCUCCAAAUCCAGAAGAAUACAUAAGCCGAUUUCCAAUACAUCAGGAUGGUUCAUGUAAUGGGUUACAGCAUUAUGCAGCUUUGGGACGGGAUAAAGCAGGCGCUUUUAGCGUUAAUUUGGCACCCUCAAGUAUACCGCAGGAUGUUUAUAGUACGGUAGCAACAUUAGUCGAAAAAGCACGUCGAAAUGAUGCCAACAAUGGCUUGCAAGUAGCACAAGCACUAGACGGCUAUGUGCGUCGUAAAGUCAUUAAACAAACAGUGAUGACAACUGUGUAUGGUGUGACACGUUAUGGCGCACGUCUACAAAUAGCACGUCAAUUAAAAGAUAUUGAUGACUUUCCAAAAGACUGGGUGUGGCCUGCUUCCACAUAUUUGACUACAAAAACAUUUGAAAGUCUGCGUGAAAUGUUUACGUCCACUCGAGAAAUACAAGAUUGGUUUACAGAAUGUGCACGUCUCAUAUCCGGUGUUUGUGGAAAGAAUGUCGAGUGGACUACACCAUUAGGGCUGCCAGUGGUGCAACCGUAUAGUCGACAAGAAAUUAAACAGAAUAUACGUCAAAAUUAUCGCGUUAGUGAGAAGAUGUUGAUGGAUAUGUAUGAGCGUCCUAAUGUUAUGAAGCAAAAAAAUGCUUUCCCACCAAAUUUUAUACAUUCGCUGGAUUCGUCACAUAUGAUGUUGACAUCCCUGCACUGCGAACGCAAGGGGUUAACUUUUGUGUCUGUACACGACUGCUUUUGGACACAUGCUUGUACAGUACCGGAUUUAAACAAAAUAUGCCGACAACAGUUUGUUGCCCUGCAUUCCGAACCAGUGCUAGAAGACUUGUCAAAAUUUCUUGUAAAAAAGUUUAGUUUCAAUGAAAAACAAAUCGCAGAUAACGGAAACACUGAUGAUUUCUCAAGGCGACAUUUAAAUCGUUUGCUGCAUCAUUUACCACAAAAGGGUGAUUUUGAUUUGAACAAUGUUCUAGACUCAGUUUAUUUCUUUAGUUAAAACAUUAUUUGCGAUAUGUAUUUAAUUGUGAUUAGCUUAAUAAUAGAAAUUAGGUUCCUAUGUGCCUUGGGAGGCGUAUUGUACAGUUAAUCAAAUGGCUAACCGUUUUAUAAAUAUAUUAAUUUAAAUUAUAUAUUUAAGAAUUCAUUUCAGUUGGCAAAAUAAUUGAUGUCAAAAUAAAUAAAAAGAAAAUACUAUUCUGCGAACUUUAAUUUUAAUUUUAGUAACUCUAAGGUAAUA